AUGGAAAAAGAAUUAUCAAGAUUAAGGAAGGGAAAAAAAUCAACUUUGUUCACAUCAAUUCAAGCUGUCUUGAGUCUUUAUUCUUCAGGUCGAACAACUGGUAUAGUCCUUGAUUCCGGUGAUGGUGUAACUCAUGCUGUACCAGUAUAUGAAGGAUUUGCUCUUCCUCAUGCUAUUCGUAGAGUUGAUAUUGCAGGCCGUGACGUUACAGAAUAUUUACAAUUACUUCUUCGUAGAUCUGGUUAUAAUUUUCAUACCACUGCAGAAAAAGAAGUCGUACGUACCAUAAAAGAAAAGACUUGUUAUGUUGCAAUAAAUCCGAAUAAAGAAGAAAAAGAUACCAGUAGAGAAUUUAGUGAUUAUGUAUUGCCUGAUGGUAAUGUUGUCAAGUUGAAAACUGAAAGAUUUAAAGCACCCGAAAUCUUAUUCAAUCCAGAAUUGAUUGGAGAAGAGUAUGCAGGCGUUCACCAAGUUGUUGUUGAUUCAAUUAAUAGAGUAGAUUUAGAUUUAAGAAAGUCUUUAUUUGCAAAUGUUGUGUUGUCUGGUGGAUCAACACUUUACAAAGAUAUUAAAAUUAAGAUUUAUGCACCUUCAGAAAGAAAAUAUAGUACAUGGAUAGGUGGAUCUAUAUUAGCAGCUCUAAGCACUUUCAAGAAGAUGUGGGUUUCAGCUGAAGAAUAUCAAGAAGAUCCUGAUAUCAUUCAUAAAAAAAGUUUCUAA